AAUCUGGCUGCAGUCUAUUUGAAAAUGCAAACUAUUCUCCGUGCAUCACAGAAGGCACCACAGGAUAUCAUUGACCUUACAGAUCAGUCGUUUUCACUAUCAUAACCCAAAAAUUGCACAAAGAAUGUGUGGUUUAUUGGGCGUUAGCUAACUGGCCAGUUAAGAACGACUCAGCCCUCCACUCUACUCAGAUGGCCCUUCUGUGCAGUUCAGAUGAUGUAUGACACUUUGGAUAUGGAAAACCUUGGAGUUUUUGCACCUCUCGUGAGUGACCUAAAACUCAUGGAAACUCAUUGGCUACGUUUUUUGGGGGGGUAAAACUAAAGAAAUAUGAAAACAAUAAUAAUGAUAAUUUACCUUGACAUCUCUCAUACAAGUUACUGUACACUCUAAUUUGCAUAUUCUGGAACACCAGCCAGUUCAUAUCAUCAAAGCACAUUCCGGGUUCUGUUUGCUAGAACACGUUCCUUUGAUCCCUGAGAGAGCUCACACACGCACACACGUGUUGGAUCCACAUUCACUUGUUACUGGAAGUUAUCAGAUUUGAAAUUUCUGUAAUAUCAUCAUGUCAAAUAACAACUCUGAACCCCUGAGCGACACUAAGAAGGAAUCGCUCAAGAAGAACUUGAAGAGAAAAGUCAGAGAAGGUGAAGAUGGACUCUCAAAGACAAAGAGGAGAAGACUGAACUACAACCAGGCUGAGAAGGAAUCAGGAUCGGCCUCGUCUGCGGACACUGGCAAUGGGAGCAGCAGCACACAGUCCAGUAGGUGCGGUACAACAGUGGAGGAUGUGAGCAAGAGGACUGGAAAGAGGAAGGCUGCCGCUGAUGAAGAAGAACCCUGCGCAAAGAGAAGGAAGGGCCGGCCAACCAUGAAGGAUUUGAUAGAUUCCCGAAGAGCUGAAUUUGAGGCCAAAUACCAGCAGGAGAAUCAUCUCGGUGAAGGAGGCUGUGGAUGUGUGUUUGCUGGCUACCGCAAAGAAGAUCAUUUACCUGUUGCCAUCAAACACAUAGCAAAAGACAAAGUGUUGUGCAAAGAGAGACGAAAUGGGAAAGAACUCUCAGCUGAGGUGGCUGUGAUGUUAAAACUCCAAGCUGGAAGAACUGGAUUAAUGGAGGAAUCAGCACCCGUGUCACUCCUGGACUGGUAUGAUCUGGACCAGGAGCUCAUCCUGGUGCUGGAAAGACCAAUGCCAUGUAUGGACCUUUUAAAUUACAUCAGGACAAACAGAGGCCACUUACAGGAGGACAAGGCAAAGAUCAUACUUAAACAGUUGGUUGAUGCUGCAAAUGAACUGGAGGAUAAGCGCAUCUUUCAUCGGGAUAUCAAACCGGAAAACAUCCUGAUUGAGACCAGCUCAGAUGUGCCGCGUGUUCGUGUCAUUGACUUUGGACUGAGCUGUUUCUUCAAGAAAACAUCAGUUUACCGUGUCUUCUGUGGUACCCCCCAACACGUCCCUCCGGAGUGGUACAGUCAUUAUACCUACAGGCCCGGCCCCACCACAGUGUGGCAGAUGGGAGUGGUCUUAUAUGAGCUGCUCCACAGAACAGUCCGAUUUGAUACCACAAGUUUCCUCAAACAUGAGCUGCCAAUCAGCGAUGAGCUGUCCAGAGAUUGCCAGGAUUUCUUACAGAAGUGUUUAAACACAUCCUACAUGCUGCGACCUACCCUGAAGGAGCUCCAGCUUCACCCAUGGCUCAGAUAAACCAACACUACACUCACACACGAGUUCAUGCCAAUACAAUACAUUCACAAUACAAGAACUAAUUCUGUUCUAGUUUUUCUUCACCAGGACCGUCAGGUUUUCUCCGGGUGCUCCGGUUAGACCAACUACAGUUCCUUUAGGCCCCCCGGCCGUCCGCGGAGAGGAGGAUCUCUCUUUGAAUUGCCUUUCCCGAGGUUUCUUCCCAUUUUUCAUCUGGCCUCAAGGUUUUGGGGAGUUUUUCCUCGUCUUCUUAGAGAGCUUGGGCCGGGUCAGGAGCUGCUUAUGAUUUGUGCUUAUGGCGAAAGCCAUAUCACAUCAUAAGGAAAAAAAAAUGGAUACUAAUCUAUCAACUGGUCAUUUUGUGAUAAUAUAAAAUAAUAUA